AUGGCCGCCGUUGAAUUACCCCCUAGAAUCCGGAAGCAAUCCAUCGUUGAAAAUGCCGAAAAAGCGAGGAGUGACAGAGAUGUUCUUUUGCAGAUGGGAUUCUCAAAGCUGAGAGCAGAGAAAGCUCUUGCAUCAACUGGACACCAGGGGGUAGACAUCGCCUCCAACUGGCUACUGUCACAUCUGAAUGACCCCACACUCGAUGAAGUGACCCCCAGGGAUUAUAUUGUAUACUUGUGUCCCACUGGGCCCUUGUUAAAGCAGCUUCAAUUGUUCUGGUAUAAGUCAAGGGCACAAACUGAAUGGAAUCUUGCCCACAACUACCUACCACAUAUCACGCUAUGUUCAUUUUUCAAGGUCCCAGAUAACAAAGUGAUAGAAGUAGCAAGAAAUAUACGAGUAAUAGCCGACAGAAUGGCUGCCCAAAUGCCACAAAAACUCCUCCUUGACUACUACAAUGCAUCAAACUUUAUCGGAAUCUUUCUAAACAAGCAAAAUGUACCCAUUAUGAAACAAGUCAUCAAUGAAUUUGCGGCAGAAGCCAAAAAAAUAGGGGUAGACGUAGAACCACAUAAGAAAGAGCUGCAUAUAUCACUAGCCUACCAGUUCAAGUCAGAACACCAGAAGACCCUAGAGUCCCUUAGUAAAGAAAUAGACCUUAAAUCUGAAGCACAUUGGGACUUAAGGCUCUACUCAAGGGAUCCAAGGUGUAAAGAUAAACAGGUACGGAGAGUCCGAUACAAACACAAGCCCCAAGCUCCUGAUGAACUGGACCUUAUACAUGGAGACUUCAUCUUCGCUGAUCCUGCUGAUAUUGAGAAAUCUCGCGAUCAAUGGCAUUUAGGGACAUCAUGGUUAACUGGUUUAUCUGGAAUGGUCCCUUUGAAUUACACUGAAUGUACUAGUCAAACAGAUAUGUGGACUUUACAUAGGUCCAUAACUAUGAUCGGGUCAGACUGCGGAAUGUCCACAUUGAAUGGUGUACAGGAUGGUGCCACGCCCUCAUCAAGUCAUCAUCACCAAACACAUGUAGAUAAACUCAUGUCAGAGAUUCCAAACAAUGCAUUAUAUGCUAAGGUCAAUAAAGUGGCAGAUCAUGGGGCGUGCAGUAGACCAUCGCCACAGGUGCAUCAUGGGCCACGACAAAUUUACAUAAUACGUCACGGUGAAAGAAUGGAUUUCUGCUUCGGAAGAGAUUGGGUCCUGAAUUGUUUUGACCAAUCAGGUGACUACAUAAGGAAAGAUUUGAACAUGCCUAAACAUUUAGCCAAGAGAGUAGGCGGGAAACACGACUUCAGACAUGAUUCCCCGCUUACUACACAGGGUCAUCACCAGGCUUUUGUUACAGGUGAAGCAAUGCAUGAAAAAGAUAUUGUGAUCAGCCAUGUCUACUCGUCUCCUUCUUUAAGGUGUCUACAGACAGCUACACAAAUACUCAGAGGACUGAAAACAUCAAUUCCAAUUAGAGUGGAGCCAUGUUUGUUUGAAUGGUGCGGCUGGUACACCAACCAAAUGCCCAAAUUCCUCGCGACUCCCCAGGAAUAUAUAGACUACAAUAUAAAUGUGGACAACACAUAUAAACCAUACUUGCCUGCCAAGAACCUCACUACGGAGGAAUCUGUGGUUGAUCUUUAUUCACGUAGUUAUCACUUUACAAAACAGGCGCUACACAGACAUCAUGCCGAUGGGGAGAAUAUCCUAAUCGUCGGACAUGCAGGAAGUUUAGAGGUUUGCUCACGUCAGCUCAUCGGGAAAACUGCACGCUCGGCCAAUGACUUUCAUGCAAUAGUGCGCAACGUGCCUUACUGCGGUGUAGCUGUCUGCCAGGAGGAUAAAAAAUCAAAAUGGCAAUUGAUUGAAUCACCUAUUUUAAGUUUUUGUCAUUCUGAUAACAAGAAACUCAUGCCAAAUUUAUUAGAAAUGUGACAAUCGUCAUCAUUCUCUUAGAGAUUGGUAAUCUGACAACUAAUACUGCCGGAGCAGCACCUUCUUCCACUUAAUGAGUCUUCUGGUUCAGUUGUUUAAUAAGCUUCCAGCUAAAUCUGUUAUAUGCAGAUAUCUAUAAAAGAAUUUGAGAUUAUAGGGGGUCAGCUUUUACUGGUAUGACUCAAUCCUAGGCAAUAUUCAAAGAAUAAGGCCACACAGUUUGGUUUAUCCACAUAUGGUUAACCCAAAUAUGGUUGAUCCACAUAUGGUUGACCCACAUAUGGUGUUACCAAAUAUGGUUUAACCAUAUAUGGUUGAGCCACAUAUGGUUUACCCAUAUAUGAUUGACCCAAGUAUGGUUUACCCAAAUAUGGUUUACCCAUCUAUG